AUGUCAUCAGAACCAUUGCUACCCACACAUAACGGAUUGCAGGCAGGAGAAGCGGGACCUGCGAACCAGAAGUUCAUUGUAAUACGGUUUUCCGACGUAUCAGUAAGGGAUCUUCAGUUGAACAUAUCGAAUGUACCGUAUUCGGAUAUAAACACUCAUUGGCUACGUCGAAUGUGCAGAGAAUUGCGACCUCAACAGACACAAAAGAGAAGGCUGAAGUUUAUAAGGAACGGUGGCAUCCUGAAUACGCAUUUCAAGCUUGCUGAGGAGCUGACGCAUUAUUUCAGUAAUACUGGCAGCAACCCCAACGUCGAUACGCGCGAUAGUGUGGAGCCAGAGCAGAAUAAGUACUAUAUUCAUUGUAUAAUUGGUACAGAAGAGCUCACACAAGCAGAGUUAGCCAACGAAGACAUGAAGGAUGAUAUAACCCCGUCCAACGACUCGAUGACUACGCAGGCCAUUGGGUUUGAUAGACUACGAUCUGUGGGGUUUACUGAACAAGAAAUUGAGCUGCUGAGACAGCAGUUCCGGGCGACUUAUGGUGAUUUAGAGGAGGAAGAAAGGGUCGCUCAGAAUGGUAGCAGAGACGAUGAAGGCAACGAUAUUAGACAAUUAGAAGAACAGUGGAUGGAAAGUGGAAACGGUACCGCGCAGGGGAAUGGUGAUGGAAGCGGAACAGAAGACAGGUUCAAUUCUGUGCCGAUCGCUAACAUUAAGCACAAUAAAGACCUCCUUUUAGGCAUAUGUGUUGGAUUUUUCUUCGGUAUCUUUGGGAUAUUAUUAAUAAAGUUUGAUGGGUUGUUUAACAGACGACAAAAAAUGGCAAUUUUUGCCGGGGUGAUUGUUAAUGUUAUGUUUUGUCUUGUGAGAGGCUUUUAG